AAGAAUGACAAGUAAGUGGAAAGGGAAGACGUCAAAUAAAUAAAUAAUAAUUUUUUGCACUCCUUGUGUUAAAUAAAAGUGCUAAUUCCUCAAUAAAAAUCAUGAGCAUGUCGCUUUUUGGCUCUCUAAUGGGCAACAUGGACGACGAUCCCCUUUUUGGCUCUGCAAUGCGUCAAAUGCGCACCAUGGACAACAUGAUGAAUUCAAUUUUCCAAGACUCAUUCGGCAUGGGCAACAUGUUCAGGGACUUUGAAAACACCCGUGCCAGUAUGCAUCACUCUCUCAUGUCCCCUUUUGGGAUGCCCAUGAUGCAAAACUUCAACAGGCUCAUGAGCAGCUCGAUGGAUUCCAUGUCGCCAAUGAUGCCCACUAUGGGCAACUAUGGUAAUUACAGUAGCUCAAGCACUGUGAUCAGUAUGACUUCGGGGCCUGAUGGCAGGCCUCAGCAAGUUUAUAAAGCAACUUCCAGCACCAAAGUUGCCCCUGGGGGAAUUAAGGAAACUCAAAGAACUGUUACUGAUUCUGUUACUGGGACUAAGAAAAUGGCUAUUGGGCAUCACAUUGGUGAUAGAGCUCAUAUAAUUGAAAAGGAGCAAAAUAUGCAUACUGGGGACCGUGAAGAACGUCAGGAUUUUAUUAAUUUGGAUGAAGAUGAGGCUGACGAUUUCAAUAAGGAGUGGCAAACUAAGACCAGAUGUAUAUCAGAAAUUCCUAGGAUAACUUCUUCUUCUGCCAGAAAUCGUCACUCUUAUGGCGGAUAUCCUGCUGUUCCAGCCAUUACUGCAGGCAGCAGCCGCCGUCAUAGAGAUAGAAUCAGCCCCUCUGUAGUGUCACCAAGGAAAGGCAUUCGAUCAGCUAAAACUAAAUUGUUGGCUCUACCUGCUCCAAAUGAACCAACAACCUCUUCUAGCUCUCAAAGGACCCCGUACAGCGCUCCUGGCAUUGACAAACCGAGAAAAUCCAAGAACGUCAAAAUCGUAUCUGGCGCACAUCCAGAAAAGUAGGCGUUUGAUUCUCUUCAAGUAUUUUUACAACAUUUCUUCAGUUUUAAUAUUAAAAUUCGUUUAAUUUAGGUUUCAUUCCUUUGCGGUAGUUUCGUGUGUUUAGCUAAAUAACAUUGAGGCAGUAUGAUUCAAUUUAAUUUUUUUUUUUUUAUCUUUAGUACUGCCCAAAGUGUUUAUUUACUUAUUAAGUGGUAUUGAGUAAUUUAGGAAUUAAGAAUAAUAGGCUUAGAUUGUAUGUAGUUAAAAUGAGUUUAAUUUCAAAUACCCAUUUUGAUACACAUAAUUAUAAUAAAAGUAAAAUCAUUUUAGUUAUCAGAAUAAUAUCCAUUGUUAAUGUUUAAAUUUAUUUUUUUUUCUGUAAAAAAAAAAUAAGUGCUUAUAUUUUAGUGUGUUGUGAUUUUUCAAAUUAUUAUUGUCGUAAAAGUCCAAAUAUAAAACGGAUUAAAAAUUUGUUGUUUUUGUUAUUUAAAAAUCACAUUCUUUUUCCCAAACUAGUUCCAGUAAUUCUGAUUUCACACAGUUCAAGCCUUCUAGGCGCUUGCCUGACUUGACAUUCAUAAAUGUUGGUAAUACUUUUAGCUGAAGGUUCUUGUCUUGUCUAUAAAACAGGUUUUUUUUAAAAUUUAGAUUUUAUUUUAAACUUCAUUCACC